AUGUCGUCGUGGUGGCAGAAGAAGCUGCUCCGCUACGCCCUGCGAUAUGUACUGCAGCGGACGGGACUGCUCGAGGAUCAUGUCAUAGACCUGGACCAGCUGGACAUCACCGUCGGCAAGCAGAGCGUCAUAGAGCUGAAGGAUGUUGGACUCAACGUCAAGCAGAUCAGCAAGAAGGCCCACCUCCCGCCCAGUCUGCGCUUGGAGGUUGCCCGAGUCUUGUCAUUACGCCUGACCAUUCCAGCAGAUAUCCACCAGUCGAGCGUCGUGGUCGAAGUUGAUGGCAUAGAAGUUGUGGCUCGCUUAGAAGAGGAGGACGUCGCGCAUACACCGCCGCAGCGCACACAGAGAGCUCAGUCGCCAGCCACUACACGAACGCCACAGCACCGAAAGACGAAUCGUCGGAUACAUUCUCCUCCACCCUACCACCCAGGCGCUCUGCGAGAAUCAGACGACGACGUCCGUGCUCCUACGAUACAGCAUGUAGCGAAAUCUUUCCUCAUGGAAGAGCCGAUGCAAGAGCGGCGACAGCUGGAAGCGCAGGUAGCAGCCGAGAGCCAGAACAUCGAAGAGUCGUUCGUCAGUGAAAGCAGUGAGGGCGACACGGCAGGUACGGGCACGGGUGUUGGAGUACCUGGAUUCCUGAGCGACUUGUUGCAAGGCAUCAUGGACAGGUUCAAGCUUGAGAUCCGGAACGUGGAGGUGAAGGUCAAGACCGACUUGCGGACAUAUGAAGAGACAACCGUACCCAUCACGAUGAGACUGGCGAUAGGCGGCGCCGAAGUCGAUGAUCUGGCUGCACCGACUGGCCAUGUCGAGAAGAAAGCAAGUCUCAAAAGAUCGAUACAAAUCCGUGGCAUCUCAGUGGCUCUGCUAUCGGACAAGACUGUGCUGUCGGAGACCUCGGGGCUCAGCAGUCGCGCCUCAAGACAAUGGAGUGUACCGCCCUCUCGCGCAGCAUUAUCGCCAACAUCAAGCGACCAUGCCUUGAAGAUGGCUGCUAGCCGACGGACAUCCUCUGCCUCAGCCAGGAAACCCCUACUUUCCACUAGCAUUUUGUGCGACCGUGCCUUUCGCCCUACCGUUGCAUCUUCUUCACCAACUCCAGAGCCUUUAACUUCGGUGCACGAAAGUCUCCCGCAAAAUUUGGAUACCCAAGACUUUGCGCAUGCGGAUCCUGAAGUGCCCGAUGAAGAUACGCAGGCUGCGGUCUCAGCAUCUGAUAUACGCGCCGGCGACGACAACGUCAGCUGGGGCUCGCGUAGAAGUCAAAGUAGUGCUCCGGCAGAGGACCUCUGGAAGUCCAUGGUCAGCGACGAUGACUUGCCCGAUUCGUUCAUCGUCGAUGAACAUCGAGUUUCAACGCCGAAGGUCAGCCCAUCAAGGACCAACAGCCCUUUGGCUGGCAGACAGCGGCGGGCUGUCUCGCCCUACGACCGCAGCAUUCAUAGUCCGGCAUCUUGGCCAAGACUCGAAGAAAGCCCGCAACGCCAACGAAUUCGUCAAGGUCCAGGGUCCUGGCCCGCGCCUGACCAAAGCGUUCACAGCACAUAUGACCCGCUGGACCAGGUAUUGACCGAUUCAAGACGCGAUGAGAACGUUACAGACAACAAGCGAGUGGCUCUGGAGCUGUCAGAGCAUGAUCGUGGAACAAUCGAGCCUCCUCCUGAACCCCAAGAGGUGAUCGGCGACGAUAUGCUAGAGUCCAGGUUUUACAGUCAUGAGGAGGCGCAGAGCAUGUACAUGAGCGCCAUGACGGGAAGCCCAGAAAUGGCUAUGCCUGGUGGGUGGGGCUCAGAUGUGCAGAGUCAACGGUCGAGCUCACCAGAGGUCGACCGGAAGCUGUCACCAGUAGACUUGCCAUCUCUUGACGAGAAGACCUCAAGGUCCCAGCACAUCGCCUCUGGAAAUGUGACACCACGAGCUGGUAGUCCCAAUUCCCCGCGCAGACGUACGUUGGGCGCUGGAAAGCACUCUGUUCCCGAAAUGGUUACAGAGCUGAUAUACGUGGAUGAGAUGACCAUCGCAGUGCCAGUGCCAGGACUUGGUCAAACUUCAGUUAUCGAUCAACCUCAACAGCCGGCAAUACCCGCGACGCGUCAAAACAGGAACUCACCUCAAGGUAUGCCCGGCACUUUCUCUGCUUACUCGGAGAUGAGCAGUUCGAUGCGCCGUGGUGCCAGCUCGGUGUAUGGUGAGGUCAACAGUGUGCUGUUCACGCCUCCUGAAGGGGUCACAUCUACUGCGGAAAAUACGUCUGUGGAUGUUGCAGUCGGCGCAGUCACAGUCCGAGCGGAUUUUGCAACGUGUAAGCUGAUGCACUCUUUGUCAACCACAGCAAGCUUCGCCAUCGCUACUGAUGGUAGACAAGACUCUACGGCGUAUGUGAAGGCAGAGCCGGCCACAAGUAUGGCCCUGUCCUUCACGAUACAGCUCAGCCACCUUUCGGUGUCGCUUCGAGAAUCCGUGGAUGCCGCCAUUCCGAGGGAUCACCUAGACACAUCCACUGGCAUUCUUGACGUCCGUUGUCGUGACAUUGAUGUUGCUUCCGCAGAUGACACAAGCCUGCGCAUUGGCGAUCUCGCGGUUGAGCUGGGAGGCGCUGACCUACUUACUCUGAAACGCGAAGAGAGAGAUGUUCAGGCUUCACAUUCUACAGCGAGCAACGCUGCGGCCAUCAGUCUUACGGUGCUACGGAAUCGCAUUGGCGUCAACGGGACACCAGUCACCGAUGUGGCUCUUCAGACGACCCGCGCCCGCUUGACAUUCGAUCUUGAACAAGUUGACGCAGCGUUUGAUUCGUUCGGAGGCCUAAGCGGUGUUCUGGAAUUGGGUAGCUCCUUCCUAUCAGAAAGUGGUCCUACUUCAUCAGCAAUUCCCAAGGCGCCAAAGGGCGUACGCUUUGCGGGUGAUACAGAGCCCACCGGCUCCACUCCAGAAGUCAAGCUCAAUGCCCGGAUAGAUGGCGCGACAUUGCUCCUGCGUGCUCCAUCCUGCUCAGUGGAGCUGCGAACGAGCAGCUUGAAAGCCAUAUAUAGAGAACAGGGCGCUGUAGCAACGCUCGAGCACAUCACGGUCAGUGGCCCAUGUCUGGAAGGUGAUGUCCAAAGUCCACUGGCACUGGAUCUGGCUUCACUCAGAAUAGAAUACUUGCUCACGCCACAAGACAAGGAUCUGGAGCGCCUAUUGUCCUUGCUCACGCCCUCUAAGGACAAGUACGAUACCGAUGAUGACAUACUCAUUGACACACUGCUACGGCAGCGUCGAAAGGGAAGUCUAUUGCGCCUCGCGGUUGGGGACGUCAAGCUUAAGGUGGAUGACUGGCAGAGCCUUCAGUCGCUGACAGCUCUUGGUGACGACCUCACAAAACUGUCUGCCGUCACGAAGUAUCUACCGGAGGAUGACAGGCCUGGACUGUUGAUUCUGCUACGUGUCAAGGAUGCAGAAGCUCAGCUGCCUGUCAACGACCGUUUUGGCAAGCUCCGCAUUUGUCUCCAAGAUCUACACCUGGCACAGGUUGGUCUACCAGCACUUCUCGCGUUCUCGCUCGGCACUGUCAAAGCCGAGCAAGUUGAAGGUGUACAGCUGCUUCAUCCACUGAUACAGCAAACCGCAUCUGAUAACCUACCAGUCAUUAUGGCUCGGAUGUUGGGCGACGAGGCAGAGCCUACUGUCAAGAUCAAGGUACUCAAUCUUUGUUUCGAAUAUAGUGUACCUGUCAUUCUCGACCUCACGGGGAUGGACCAGGAAAUGGAUACAGAGGAUCUGGUCGUUGCUGUGGCGCAAUCAGUGGCAAACCUGGCGAUGACAGACAAGCCUGCCACACUGGAGCGAAGUCCCGGUAGUGAUGUGUCAAAGGUGGCUACCAAGAAGACCAAUAUCGAUCUGCUUAUACACGAUUCUGCCAUCGGUUUGACGCCGCAGAAGCUGUCCUCCAAAGCGCUUGUUGUCUUGUCUGAUGCCCACAUCUCCACCACUGUACCGCCGGAAGCAACAGUGGCUGUCAAAUUAGAUAUGCGGAAGGCCUCUCUCCUCAUCACGGAUCGCCACCUCGAGGACCAGAUCACGCCAUCAGGCCCUGACCGUGUUUCAGCCAACUACACGAACACCACUGCGAAACUGAAUGUCGUGCUGCAGCGACAAGGAUUCGUGUCUGUGGGCUCAUUGAUGUCAGCAGAGAUCAGCUUUUGCGCAACAGGAGAUGGCGUCUCAGACGCGAAAUCCGUUGAGGUCGAUGUCAAGAACGAGCUGUUCUUACUCGAGACUUGCGCAGACUCCACGCAGACUCUCAUCGCGACUCUUGGUGCUUUGACACCGCCAACGCCCCCCAACAAGGUCCCAAAGUACCUGACGGAGCCGAUGCCAAUCGAGGACCUCGUCAACUCCUUCACUGGCGAGGCUUUACCACAGCCAGAACCUGUACGUGCCGCUGAAACACUGUUCGACGUCGAGGAGGACCUUGCCGAGGAUGAUGGCUUGGAUAUGCCGUAUAGCAACUCCAACUUGUACGAUGAGCCUGAUGAUCUUCUUACACAUUCAGCAUUGACGGGAAGUCUAUAUGGACCGAUCAGUGGCGUUUUUGGUGCGGACGACGUUGACGAGCGAGAAAGCACCAUUGGUGAAGACUAUCCUGAGACGGCUGAAAGUCUUCUAGAGGAUGACCCGUUUGAGAUGACCAACGAGGCAGAUGUGCGCAUGGGAGAUGCGGCUCUCCUCAGAGAUCUCGGACGACAGUGCAAGCCUGCACUCAGCAAUGACGUGAUCGAUGUUGGCCUAUAUGAGAUAGAAGAUCUGGGCUACGAUGCUCUGGGCUGUGGCCAACAAGCGCUUGGCUCUCAACACCGUUUCAACGCACCGCACGUGGGUAAGCGUGGCCGACGAACGCAAGCCCACGCCAACAAGAUACCUUUCAGGCUACGCUUGCGCGACUUCCAUGUUAUAUGGCAUCUCUACGAUGGCUAUGACUGGCAGCGCACUCGUGACGGCAUCGUGGAAGCAGUGGAGCAAGUGGAACUCAAGGCAGAGGAGCGCAAAGCCAGACGCCGACAAUCACACAACGACCAAGAAGACGACGAUUCGGUCAUCGGCGACUUCCUCUUCAACUCUAUCUACAUUGGAGUGCCAUCUGAUCUUGAUGCUCAAGAUCUUAGGCGACAGAUCAAUCGUGGCAUAGACGAGGAUGUAAGCGAGACCGCCAGCAUCCCAGUCUCGGGCAUGUCGAGACCCACGACGUAUUCUGCGUCUGGCGGACCAUCUCGGCAGCGACAACGUAGACGACUCAAGCUUGGUCGUAGCAAGAACCACAAGAUCUCGUUCGAGCUGAAAGGUGUCGCCGCUGAUGUUUUAGUCUUCCCUCCCGGCAGUGGCGAGAUUGUCAGCUCUGUCGACCUUCGCCUGAAAGCAUUCGAGAUCUUCGACAAGGUGCCGACUUCCACUUGGCGAAAGUUCUUGACACACAUGACCAACGACCCACGAGCCAGAGAAAUGGCGAAGCCUAUGUUUCACAUUCAGCUGGACACCGUGAAGACACUCGAAAGCCACUCCGCAUCGGAGUUCAUGCUGCACGUCACUGUGCUGCCUAUCAGACUGCAUGUCGAUCAAGACGCACUUGACUUCAUCACCAGGUUCUUCGAAUUCAAAGACGAGUCCAUGGCAAGUAUUGAGCCUGAGGGCGAGAGACCUUUCAUUCAACGAGUCGAGGUCGACACUGUUGACAUGUGUCUCGACUACAAGCCCAAGAAAGUGGACUACGCAGGCAUCAGAUCUGGCAAGACUUCAGAGUUCAUGAACUUCAUCACCUUGGAAGCUGCAAACAUCCGCCUGAAGCGCGCCAUCCUGUACGGGCUGAACGGCUUCGAAGAGCUUCAUCCUCAGCUGAAUGGUCUCUGGAUGCCAGACGUCACACGCAAUCAGCUACCUGGCGUGCUGGCCGGUCUGGCGCCUGUCCGAAGUCUGGCAAAUCUUGGCAUGGGUGUUCGAGAUGUGAUCGCCAUUCCAGUACGUGAGUAUCAGAAAGAUGGCCGUAUCGUCAGGAGCAUCCAGAAGGGCGCCUUCCAAUUUGGCAAGACUACGGCAUCGGAGCUCGCUCGACUAGGCGCAAAGGUUGCUCUCGGCACACAGACUAUGCUUUCGAAUGCCGAGGACUUGCUGUCGCCACCAACCGAGCGCUCCAGUCGACCCGGUACUGGUCGUCGUGUCUCUGGCGAACAAGCGUGGCAUGAUGUCGCAUCUGACGACGAAGAGCCCGAACAGCGGGCGGUAUCAGCUUAUGCCAAUCAGCCACUCGGACUGCUACAAGGUCUACGUUCGGCUCGGCGUCACCUCGAGCAUGAUCUGCUGACUGCGAAGGACGCACUUAUUGCUGUACAGGGAGAGUUCCUUGAAAGUCGCGGACCGGGAGAUGCUGCCGCCGCCGUGGUCAAGCAUGCUCCAACUGUCAUCCUCAGACCAGUGAUCGGAGCCACUCGAGCUGUGGGCACGACUCUAUUGGGUGUUGGCAACCAAAUCGAUCGUAAUAACUUGCGACGAAUUGACGAUAAAUACAAACGAAGAUAA